AUGAAAAACGACGUGGAAAUUAUAAGUCAAAUUAGUGAUGCUCCCACAAUCCAAACUUUCGAAUCUGACACAGAAGUCCCUGAAGAUCCUGUUGAGGAGCCAGUUUAUCUAGACCGAAAACGAUUUGGAUUUUACAAAAUAAUAGAGUCUCGAGGGGAAGGAAUUGACAAGCCAGGGACGAUUGAUGAAGUCAUAAUAAGAAUGUGUGAUACUACAGAAGAACUGAAUGAACUUGGAGAUCCAAUAGAAAUCAAGCUUGGCUGUGGAAUGCUUCCUGCAGCGCUAGAAAAAACCAUUGUGUCAAUGAAAAAGGAUGAGAUGGUAGAAGUGCAUAUUCCUGCAAAGUUUCAUGAUGGAGUUGAUAGGCUGCAUUUGUUUAUUUUCUAUGCAAAACUAUUGAAAGCUAAAUUAAUUUUUUUUAAAAAAUGAUUUUAUUCUUUUAAAUGUGAUGGAAAUUUUAAUUAAAUUUAUUAUAAAAAAUAUAGAGUUCACUUGCUAACUCCCCCCCCCCCCUCCGUGAGCGAACAAAAAAAUUUUGUUCGCUCACGGAGGGGGGUUAAUUUUUUUUUUUUAAAAAAAAUUUAUAUAUAAAAUUUUAAAAAAUAUUUUUUUUUCGAAAUUUAAAAAAAUCCUAAUUUGCAAAAAUUGGGAAGCAAAUAUUAAUUUAAUUUGCAAAAUUUUAUGUUUUAAAAAACGCAAUUUGUUUAAAAUUAACAGAAAUUAGCUCUAGAUUUCAUUAUACUAAUUAUCACUUAUAUAUCAAAAUUUUUUUUUCCAUUAAAAUUGUUUUCUAUUAAAAAAAUUUUUGUUCACUCACGGAGGGUGGGUUUUUGGUCAAAAAAUGGCGAUUUUUCUAAUGGUUUUGUUCGCUCACGGAGGGGGGGGGGGGAGUAAGCUUUUUAAAUGUGCAUGAUUUAAGGGGAGAUGGAAUUUUGAUAAAGCGAGUUCUAAAUAAAGGGUCUGGAUAUGAUAGAGUUGAUGAAAAAGAUGAAAUAAAGUUCAGCGUAAAAAUCUGGCAAGGGGAUUCAGUUUUUUAUGAAAAUCAAGAAAUAGAUACUACAGGAAGCUCUGAGCUGAUUUGCCCUGGGCUAUUUGAAAUACUAAAAACUAUGAAAAAAGGCGAAAUUUCACAAAUUAUUGUAAAUUACCAUUAUUUCAUAGAAAAUUUCACAAGCAUAAAUAAAGAAAACCUCCUGCAAUCUGACGUAAAAGUUGACAUAAAUUUAAUGGAGCUCGUAAAAAUCAGAGACAUUUUUGGUGAUGGAUUUUUCUAUAAGAAAAUUCUUGAAUAUGGGGACAGAUCUAAUGCUUCCCAAUUAAAUGCAAAUAUCGAGGUAUUUUAUAAGCUCGUUAUAGAAGACCAAAUCAUUAUUUCCAAUUUUGACCAAGAACCCUUAGAAUCAAGACUAGAUGAAGAUGAAUUCCCAACUCUUUGAAUCCAAUGCAUAAAAUUCAUGAAAGUUGGAGAAUAUGCUAUGAUUGACUGCAAUUUGACUGGACCCAAUAAUAGCUACAUGAAUGAUGGGCUUAACCCAAUCUUAAACCCCGAAAUUCCUGAAAAUAUAAAGAAAGCUCAUGUGUAUUUAAAACUUUUUUCUUCAGAUUUAGGAAAAACAAAUCAUGGAAUGGAGGUUGAGGAGAGGCUUGAAGAAGCUUUGAGACUAAAAGAAGUAGCUCUUAAAUAUUACAAACUAGGAAAAAUAGAAAAAGCUUUAAAAAAAUACGAUGAUGCCAAAACAUCAGUUGAGCCAAUUAAAGAUGCGCCUGAGGACCAUAAGCCGACUAUUGUAAUACUUCUGAAUAAUAUUGCCCUUUGCAAUAUUAAGCUUGAAAAAAUGAGAGAAGCUGAAUUAGCUGUAAAUAAAGCUCUAGAAAUUUUCCCUGAAGACAUAAAAUCAUUGUAUAGAAGAGCUACCGCAAGAACAGGACUUUCAGACUAUAUUGGAGCUUUAAAUGAUUUAAAUUUGGCAAAAGAAGUCAUUAUAAGAAAAAAUGAAACUGAUAUGCUAGCUACAAUAGAAAACGAAAUCAAAAAAGUGCAAAUACUCAAUAAAAAAUAUCAUCAGAAAGAAAAAGAAAUUUAUAAAAAAUUAUUUAGAUAG